UCAAUUUGUUUAUUUGGUUUUUGGUUAGCUUUAGUUGAUCUGGAUUUUUUAAUGUAAAUCAUUGUUUUAGAGGUUUUGUUAGUUAAAAAUACGUCGAACUGUUUUAUUUGUUUAUUUCUAAGCCAAGUGGAGUGAUUGUUCUAAAUAUAGAAACUAAAAAUGAUUCUAUUAACCAUCCUGAUUGUAUCAGGCAUUGCUUUUAUCAUCUUUGCUCUAGCUGUUCAGCCGUUGCGCAAAAAAAGCAUUAAUGGAAAACAUGUAGUUGUUAUUGGAGGGUCCAGUGGAAUUGGGAAAAGCGUGGCCAAGCUAGCUGCCCGUGAAGGUGCUCACGUAACAAUUAUUGCAAGAAAUGUUGAUAGAUUGGAAGAGGCCAAGCAAGAGAUACAGCAGCAUGUUGUGGAUGCCAAUCAACAAAUCAUCAGUAGAGUUUCUGUAGAUGUUGCUGAUUAUGCAAGUUUGGACAAUAAUAUAACCCAAAUAGAAGAUCAGGUAGGCCCCAUUUAUAUGAUGGUGAACUGUGCUGGAAUGGCAAUAUGCGGAGUAAUAGAAGACCUAACCCUACAAGAAAUCAAACAGUUGAUUGAUGUCAAUUACUUGGGAAGUAUUUAUUCUGUAAAAUCCAUCUUGCCCAGAUUAAAAGAAAGAAAGGAUGGAAUUGUGGUUCUUACAGGUUCACAAGCUUCGUUAAUGGGAAUUUAUGGGUUUUCGAUAUACUCAGGCUGUAAGUUUGCAGUUCGGGGUCUUGCCGAAGCUGUACACAUGGAAGCAAAACCCUACAACGUAUCUGUUACCUUAGCUUUGCCUCCAGAUACUGACACCCCUGGAUUUGCCAAUGAAAAUAAAAAUAAACCGGAAGAAACGAGAAUUAUAUCUGAAGCUGGGGGAUUGGCUAAUCCUGACGAUGUUGCCAAAAGACUGCUCGAUGAUGCAUUGGUUGGAAAAUUCUUUAGUUAUUAUGGAUUUGAGUCAAGUGUCUUAACUACUCUUUGUGUUGGUAUGACACCACCCCUUCGAUGUAUCGAAGUCAUUGUACAGACCCUUGUAUUAGGCCCCCUGAGGUUACUUGGAUGUUACUAUGUUACAACCUUCCAUAAGGUGGUACAGAAUUGCUACAAUGAUAAAAAAAACCGUGAGUUAGAACAAGAUACCCAAAAAGUACAAUGAAUUGAAAUGAGGUACAAGUUGUUGAAGUGUUGUUCAAUACUAAUAUACUUAAGUAAUUCCUAAGUGGCAUUUAAACCCGUCUGGUCAAAUAUAUUUUAUGAAAUAAUAAGUUUUGGUACGCAUACAUAUUUUUUAGUAUUUAUAAUAAAGUUUUUUGAUGUU